GAAGAAACAAGCGCAGAUAAAAAGGGGGUACAGCGGAUUUGAGAGCAACACAGUGCUCUAGAGCCACCUCCAGCAUCUCUAGAACUGGUGCUCCCUAGUCCAGGAUCUUGUCCACAAUGAGCCUCCUGCCCUGCCGUUCUGCCCACAUCCCUGGAGGUUCCCGCUCGCUGUUCGCGGUGCUGUCGUUUCUGCUGCUGCUCACACUGUCGCAGCAUCUAGCUGAAGGAGGUCCUUCCGCGGUCUUAACCGCCACAACGGAGCUGCGUUGCGUUUGUUUAACCAUAACUUCAAGAGUUAAUCCCAAAAUGAUCGCUAAUAUGGAGGUGAUCGCUGCAGGUCCACAGUGCCCCAGGGUGGAAGUCAUAGCUAAGUUGAAGAACAAGAAGGAGGUCUGUCUGGACCCAGAAGCUCCUCUGAUGAAGAAAAUCAUUCAGAAAAUACUGGACAGUGGAAAUAAGAAAACCAAGAGAAAUGCACUUGCCCUGGAAAAAUCACCCAGUACUUAACAGAAAAAUCUCUGAGGACUGGCCCCAUUGAAGACAAGAAAGAAGGGCUGAUUUUUUUUUCCCCUAGUAAUUUUCUUUGUGAACUCCUGGCUUUGAAGAGGAAAGGGAAGCCGCUGUCCCGGCAGCUUUCUGCUCAGUUCAGGAGCGUAUUUAGCAAAGCACAUCCCAUUCUUGUCUACUGUCUGUUACACUAUUGGGAAUUGUGGCAUUUUAGCUUGUAAGUCAAGACUCUUUGGUUGUUAAUUUUUUACAAUGUUUUGAAUUGAAAGUGACUAUUGCAUUUUGUCUCUAGAAAAAAUAUAUAUAUAUGUCUGUUUAUGCAUGUAUAUCUUGUAGUGUUCAUAGGAAGGCUGUGGAAUUAACAUAUGAAUGAAGUUCUUUUAGAAGUUGUUGAUGGGGACACCUUCAUCCUUUCUCAUAUGAAAUGGGAACUGUGUUGCUGUUGCUGCCUGUGUGUGUUCAUCUUUCUUACAACUGAGCCUGGGGUGGUAUAUAACUUUAUGAUAUUAGCAAGCUGGUAUGCCAUGCAGAAACCUGUAUAGAAUACAUUUCCUUAUUUAGAAUUUCUAAAUCUGUAAGUUCUAGAAGGAUUGAUGUAUUCUCAUCUUACAAUUUUAGACAUUUGAUGUCUUCUUAGUAUGGCAUAAUGUCAUGACUUAUCAUCAAACUUAUUGUGUGCUAUUUAUUGCCUAGAUGACUAGUAUUAUGAUUCGGGUCACUAAGUGCAUGUUAUAGGUAGAUGAAGAAGAUAAGAAGCAGGUAAAUUCCUGUCUAGUUUUCAUAAAAACACAUUUAACAGCUAUUUUUAGUAAGAGAAACUUUAGCAAGUAUCUAUACUCGUAGAGUUUUGAAAACAUGCUUAACGAGUUUGAAUAUGAAUGCAUCACCUUGCCUUCUCCAAACAUAUGUGCAUUGUUAAGGUAUUUAAAUGUCUACAGUCUUUUUGAGAAUUUGAUGGCUUCGUUAUGAGGAAAUUAAUGUAUGCAUCAUAUCCAUUAUUUUAAGAUUGUUCUUUUUAAAGU